AUGGUGCAAAGAUGGAUUCCUAGGGAAUACGUGCAAGAUCAGUAUGUCAAACUGACUCGUCUAAAUCAAGACACUUUGAUUGUAGAUGAGUACGUAAAAGAGUUUGAAAGACUCAGUCUCCUGUGUGACUUGGAUGAGACGGAACCAUUGAAAAUGGCUCGUUUCACUAGAGGCCUUGCAAAAAGCAUAGCCAACAAGGUGGACCUCUUGCCUUAUACCACCUAUGACGAUGUAGUGAAGGCAGCUCGCAAGGUAGAGGCACAACAGAAGGACAAUCAAGUAAAGAAUACAUCCCGUAUUCCUUACAAAUCCCAUAACCCUGCCACUCGAUUUGACAAAGGGAAGAAUCCUAUGUUUCCCAAGAGAUUAGAGAAUAAGGUGGAUGAAAGGGGUGAGCGUACCUGUUUCAAGUGUGGACAAAAAGGACACAUAGCUACAAAUUGUCCUAAACGGAACACACUAACCAUUCAAGAGGGUGGUUAUGUGGAAAAUGAAGAACAGGAGGAAGAUAGCGCAUGUGAUGAAUGUGAACCAGAAGAGGGUGAAAAUUCCUUCUGUGGCGUGGUGAGAAGGGUCUUGUACACUGAACCAGUACAGGAUUUACAACAACGGGAAAAUCUGUUCAAUACCUGUUGUAAGGUGAAGGAUCGCAUUUGUAGCAUGAUCAUUGACAGUGGAUCAUGUACGGAUGUGGUAGCUUCCGAAUUGGUGAACAAGUUAAAAUUGCCUACUAGAGAACACACCAAACCAUACAAGCUUAACUGGCUUGACAAUGAUUCGGGUGUACGUGUAAGAAAGCAAGCCUUAGUUGCUUUUACUGUGGGAAAUUUCUGUGAUGAAAGGUGGUGUGAUGUGUUACCUAUGACGGCAUGUCAAAUUUUUCUAGGCCGUCCAUGGCAAUUUGAUCGUAAAGUUGUGCACAAUGGUGUGACCAAUGUAUAUACGGUUAAAACUAGUGAAGGUAAGCAAGUACGACUACUACCUUUACCACCUAAGGUAGAGAAGGAGAAGGAAGAGAAGCCUAAUUUCCUCAUUUCUAAAUCAAAAUUUGAGGAGAUGCAUGAUCAAGAAGGGACAGUGUUCAUAUUGGUUUUAAAACCAAUUUCAGAAAAAUUGGUGGAAGGAGAUUACCCUCCUAUCAUACGACCCUUACUGGAAGAAUACCAUGAUGUUUUUCCUGAUGAAUUGCCUAAUGAAUUGCCACCAAUUCGAGGCAUUGAACAUGCCAUUGAUCUAGUACCAGGUGCGGCAUUACCUAAUAAGGCAGCGUACCGUUGCAAUCCCGAACAAGCAAAGGAAUUGCAAAGGCAAGUGGAAGAGUUGAUGGCUAAAGGUUUUGUGCGUGAAAGCCUUAGCCCUUGUGCAGUGCCGGCAUUAUUGGUGCCAAAAAAGGAAGGAACAUGGAGAAUGUGUAUUGAUAGUCGUGCCAUCAACAAUAUUAUUAUCAAAUACAGAUUCCCCAUGCCUAGACUACAAGACAUGUUAGAUGAACUAUGUGGUUCCAAGGUGUUCAGUAAGAUCGAUUUGCGCAGUGGCUAUCACCAAAUGAGGAUUCGUGAAGGUGAUGAGUGGAAGACCGCUUUCAAGACCAAACAAGGUCUAUACGAGUGGUUAGUCAUGCCCUUCGGUUUAUGCAAUGCUCCUAGUUCGUUCAUGAGGUUGAUGAAUGAGGUACUACGGCCAUUUCUUAAUAAGUUCAUUGUUGUGUACUUAGAUGAUAUUUUAGUAUAA